CUUCCCCUCCCCAUUCCUACUUAACCCCCACCUUCUCUUCAAACCCUUCACUCCAAUCUCCCUCUCUCUCACUCUAUUAACAUCUUCACAUUUAUUUUAUUCCAGAAAUGAACUGAUAAUCUUUGUAUUAUUAUUUAGCAUUAUUUUAGUACAUAUCACUCUCCCUCUCUUCAAUGGAGACUCAAGACGGCAGCAACGGUAGCCUUCGCGUCGCGUCGUUCUCGUGCUACCUCGAUAAAGCCAAAGAGAGCCUCAUCCACCGCGUCUCCGCCCAAGACCACAACAACAUGACCAUCAAAUUCUCAACCAACGCCGCCGCUGCUGCCGCAGCCUCCGGCGGCGGCGGCCUCCGAGUCGACUCGUUCUCCCGCGCCUCCGACCACAACGUCCUCGUCCAAGUCCCCGCCCCCGUCCCGGACCCCACCGCUGCCUUCUCCUUCUCCCACCAAUCCGCCGAGAUCGGCAUCUUCAGCGCCGACCGCUACUUUAAUAUGAAGCUUCAAUACCCCCCCGUCGCCGCCGGCCCAGCCCCCCUCCGCGCCGCCAUGACCUCGGUGUCGGGAUCGGAGUCGGAAUCGUCCGCCGCUACCACGUUGAACAGCCAAUCCACUCUCCUCCGUUCAAAUCAAUCAAUUCAAUUAAAGCAGAAGAAAGCCGCCGCCGUCACCGCCGCUCGCCUCUUCACCGGAUUCAGCUGCAGAACCCCCUGCUUCGGCAAUAAAUCCGUCCGGAUCAACGAAUUCGCCGCCGCUCCGGCGAAGAAUCAGCUAAUUGAGAAGAUCGAAGAUUCGCGGCGGUCGAUUGAAGUCUUUGGAUCGUCGCGCAAAAUUAGGGUUUCGAAAGGGGGAAAUGACGUGGAGACGAACAUGGAGCGGAAGCUGUCGAUGCUGACGUGGGACGCGAUUCCGGUGGGCGGGAGCAGCAACCUCCCGACGUCUUCAACCAUCGGGAGCAGCGGCGGCGGCGGCGAUGAGGAGAGCGACGCCAGCUCGGAUUUGUUCGAGAUCGAGGACGUUUCCGGAAACAUCUACCCGCUUCUAGAAGGCGCGGACGACGACGACGAGCCGAGCUGCGUGAUGAGCCCCGCCACGUCGCUUUACGCUCCGAGCGAGGCCAGCAUCCAGUGGAGCGUCGUCACCGCCAGCGCGGCCGACUUCUCCACCACGAUGUCGGAGUUCAACGACGACAGCGUCAGCGUCGCCGCGGCCGUGAAACCGAGGGCUAAUAGCAACCAAGGGCAGAAGAGUAGGGCUUCUCAUGGAUUGCUGGGGUGCAAGAGUGUUAAAGCUGUGGAUGUUGCUAAUGAGAAUGUGUGUGUUAAGGUUAAGAACAAAACCCUAAUUAAUUAAUUAAUCAAUCAAUCAUCAAUUUGUUGUUUAUGUUGAGUGUGAGAGUUUAGUUUCAAUACUAUUAAGGGUUAAUUGCUGUAAAUUUACGAAGUUUGAUCAAAUUAUGGUUUGUUUCGCGCAUUUCCAAAUUUGAAUGAUA